UAAGGACUGCGGAAAGGAGGGAGGUGUGGCCGGGGCGGGGGGGACAGGCGAGGGAGGGAUGCAGCGGCGGGGCGGGGGAGUGGGCUGCAGGGUCCCAGCCUUUGGGCACUCUGCUAGAGUGUGCGUUGGGGAUGCUGCGCGCACAGGCAUCUUGCCCCCGAGAUUCGAGGGGAACUUUGCCGCUGCAUUAUCUGCCUCUGCCUCUGGAGCUUUGCUGGCUCUUGGGGAAAUG